AUGUUACUUAUACAACAACAAUCAUCAUCAUUUCGUGUUUGGACAAGUCGAGCACUAAUGAUAUAUUUUCGUCGUGCAUUACUUUUUCUUGUUAUUAGUUCUCGUCAAAAUUCAAAUAAUAAGAUUCAUUUAUUAGAACAAGAAACAGUUAAUUUUAAUGAUGCUGAAGAUGAAGAAGAUAUAUUAAUGAUAACGGAUGAAAGUAAAUCAUCACUUGAGAGAUAUGAAAUAGAAAAAAAUUCAUUGAAUAAAUAUACAAUCGAUAAACUUUUUCAAGGAUUAAAUAAUUCAAUGAUAAACUCAACAAUAGAUAUAUCAUUACAAUCACAAAUUACCGAACAAUUUGAACCUUUUACUGAAAGUUUAACUCAAGAUUCGACUAUUGAAAUUAAUGAAAAUAAAGUAUCACAUGAUUUUAUCUAUCAAAAACAGCAGGUGCCUAUCGAAUAUCAUAAUCAAAUUCGUACUUUUCAAUCCUGCGAUCGACACUCUAACUUUACAAAUCAUAUAUCAUCCUAUCCAAUACAUUUAACUGAUGAAAACAAGACAUUUAAGUUUGGUUCACCUUGUCUACCGUCAUUUUUUGAAUGUUAUUCGUCUGAUGAUGAAAUGUCAUCAUUAUCAAAUUCUAUUCAACAAAAUAUAUCUCAUUCAUCCAAUAAUGAUGAUAAUAAUAAUGAUUUACUUAUAACUAGCAAUAUACGCGUUCGUUUAAUUGCUAAUCAGCGUGAUAUCGAAUCAACAUUGAUUCAUAAUAUCCAACAGAAAAAAUCACAUAUGGAAUUUUCUUCAAUAACUUUAAAUAAAAAAUUUCUCAAAACAUCAAUAUUGUAA